AACAAACAGCAUCUGUGCCUUGAAAGGUUCAUCAGUAAAUCUGUCCUGCUCACAUCAACAUCCAACUUCUAGCAUGAACUGGUACAGUGUACACAGGGGGGGCUUCAAGAUUGAGACCUCUGCAGAUGGAAAGUACAGCAUGUCAGCAGAGAGUAACUUGACUCUGACAGUCAACAAUCUAGCAGAGAAUGAUGCAAACAUUUACUGCUGCAGAGAACCUGCUGACAAAUCAGACUGUGGCCAAAGGGGAAUUUCUCUCAGUGUUGCAGAGCUGCAGGUAAAGGUGAUUCCUGCCACAGAGGGACAGACAGUAACACUGAUGUGCAGCAGCAGCUGUCCUCUGACUGAAAAGCCUGCAGCCUACAUCUGGUACAAGAACAGAGAGUUUCUCUAUGAGGACUGGUCUCCCUGGUACCAAGAGCUGCUCAGCAGUGAGGAAGCAGUCACAUACUCCUGUGCUGUCAAAGGCUACGAGGAUCUCAGAGCCCCUGAAGUCUCUGUGGAUUUCAUCACAUCAGCAUGCUUCAGUGUGACCUAUGCUAAAAGGGAAAUGUGCCGUUAUGAGCAGGCAUCAGAAGAUGAGCCUUAUUCCAUCACAUUUCCCAGAGAGGUCUAUAUCGUGAGGACUAGUGGGAACACACUGACCUGUAGCAGCUUGUGUCCUCUGACUGACCCUCAAACUGUCUAUGUGUGGUAUGAAAAUGGAAAACCUUUUAGGGAAAAUCAGCAUCUCAACAAUGAACACAGUCGUGUGGAGUAUCACGACAACGUGAAGAACCAACACAUCCUGACCAUCAAAAACCUGAAGAAGAAUGACUCAGGAGAAUAUACAUUCAUCCUGAAAGGAAAUGAUAAAGAACUGAAACUGCCUGGAGUCUUUUUGAUUGUCACAGCUGAGAGUGAAGAUGAGUCCUUCUGCAGUGGUGACAGAGGGUCAGAGAGUCACACUGACCUGCAGUACCAGCUGUCCUCUGACUGA